CUGCAAGGCACCAACACACUGGCCAGUUGGCACCUGACUCCGGCCAUGGUCCCGUGACUCUCCCCAGGACUGAAGUCCAAGUGCCUCGUCCAUCACUCUCUAGCUUUUCUGUAGCUCUGAUAUUACGGCACAUUCAUCAGUUUCGGAAAUGGACUCAUCAUCCAAGCCAUGCAUAAAGCAAGACAAAACAGACAAGAAGAAUGAUCAAGACAGACAAGAAAGAUCCGACUGACCUGAUGAUCCUAUAUAGUCCGUCAAAACGUGGCAAAAAGGCCUGCACGGAAUGCAGACAGCAGAAGGCCAAAUGCGACGCCUAUCUCGAUCUUAGUCGCCCGUGCUCCAGAUGUGUCAAAGUCAAUGCACGAUGCGUCAUCUCCGAUCCUUUCAAGCGAGAGAAUAAACGCCAACGCCUCUCGAAUCUUCAACAGGAGGCAGAAGAAUUGAGACGGAAACUGCGAGCUUCACAGUCUUCCGAGAAUAUUCACUCCUCUCCUAUGGCCAUGUUGACGGCUGCCGCAGAGUUGGGUGAACAUCCCACCAGCAAUGGGCCAGCUGCAGUACAUCUGCCUUCAGUCUCUGCUUACCCAUUGCCACAUGCUUAUUCGAGCUCUCAGGAGGCUAGGGUCGAGACGGCUACCGUCAGGCGCAAUACAGAACCCACUACCUCUCGGACUCUGAAUGGGGUCACCCUGACAGGCGAGGAAGUCGACGAUAUCUUUCAACUAUUUUUUAACCACUAUGCACGAUUCCUACCUCUUUUUGACCCCCAUACCUCUCCAAAUUCAUACUAUGCCCAAUCACCUUUUCUCUUCUGGACGGUUAUCGGUGUUGCGUGCAGAAAUUAUUCUCAAAACCCGACAUUACUAACAGCCUUGCGACAAAGCAUUUCGGAAAUGGCACUGCUCACAGUUGCAUCAACAGCCGCACCUUGGCACAAUAUCAAGGGUCUCUUGCUUAUGCUAACUUGGCCGUUCCCAAAGGAUGUGAACUAUCCUGAUAUUACGUUUCCCUUGAGCGGGAUGUUGCUGCAUAUCGCCAUGCAGAAUGCACUACACAUUCCCAUGUCUAGUCAUGAGUUCUCAAGGGUUAAAAUUCCUGCACUAUCAGAGGCAGACAUGAUUCGGCGGUCAGAACUGUGGGCGCACUGCAUUAUUGUGUAUAAACUGACCUGCGUUUGCAAGGGGCAAUGUGCCAAUCCUCUUGUUAAUUUUGAACAAGACCCUGGUGAAAAACAGGUUCUUUUUCAUAAAAUUGACCCAUCUUUGCUGCUCAAAGUAAAGUGCCAGGAGAUCGUCGCUAAAUGCAGUGCGGCAGCCCUUGAGAACGGGAUGCGAAAUAUGUCUGCGGAUCAAGAACGAGCCUUGGAUAUUUUGCUUCGAAAUUUUGAGAGCCAGGCCAAUGAUCUUGAGGCGCAAGUGAUCUCUGAGGACGACAAACUCCACACUACCUACUGCCGUAUGAGUAUCCUGGCCCUGCAUUUUUUCAAGAACCAUACAUUAGUUUCUACUGGCUGUCUCCCGCGAAUCGUUAACACGGCCUGCGCGGUCGUUGAACAGGCAGAAGGACUGGGUAGACGGCUGAAUGCCAUAUCAACGGCUCCGAUGUAUGUCAGUUUUGGAGUCCUAAUUGCAUUAGUCUCGCUACUUCGAAUCUUAAAGAGCUCGGCGUCUCGUGGCAUUGAUGCUGAGCGAGCCAAAUCGUGUCUCUUCAAGGGCAUCAAUCUCGCGAAGCAGAUGUCGGUGGGCAGCACAGAUUUAGCUGCAAAAACAGUGGUAAUACUGAACCAGCUCUGGCAUAGCACCAAGGCAUUCCGGAAGUCGGAUGGCAGCGAAUACACGACGCUUCGCAUCCGUAGCCGACUAGUCCUCAGUCCGGUGCUUGAUGCGGUGUGGUGGUGGCGAGACGAAUUUGACGCUCAAUACCGGGCUAUGCUCGUGUCUCAGUGGGAGCCGGAUGGUUUGUCGAUUUCAGUCUGAGCCGAGUGUACCGUUUACGCUAACGAUAGGAACAACAGGAGUUGAAAACAGCCGUGAGCAUGUGGGCGCUACGGCACAUGCACCGGUAUGUCAAGUGGAACGGUCGGAGCCACUCUUCGAUGAUCAGUUCUUAGAGGACUUCGAAUGGGCCCUAGGAGAUGAUAGCAUAUUUCCACUUAUGGAACCAUACACGUCAGCUUGGUAGGGAGAAAUGUCAAGCAUCUAGACAUCAGAUAAGAUUUCAGAACUGGAGUAGACGCAGAUAUUCUGGGUAAGAAGCAAGCUUGACAUCGGAACCAUGCAAAAAGAAGAUGCUGGAGAUUAAAAGCAAAAUCCUACUCAAGAUUAUGGAAUCCGGCCUUAGCUGGAUUCAAGGGUCACAACUAGAUAUUGCUUCGCACAUGACCUAUUAAUGAUUUGUGUCUAACGGCAAAUAUGAGCACACUGUACAAGCUUGGAUUUAACAAAAUGGAGACUCAUGAAUUAAUCCUUGAAACGCCAUGAUAGUCACGUAAUCGCCAAUUCUAAUAAAUGAAGGUGUAAGAAAAACGCUAACAGAAAGAAUCUGCAAGUGGGAGAAAAAACGCUCAGCGCAGAAACUUCUCAACUGCACCCCCAAUAUUCUUUAAAUCCAGCAAAAAUGUAUCAUGCCCAAACAACGAUACAUCCUCCCCUAGUUCAAUAUGUUCCACGGUCUUGUUACCCACUGCGCGGAGUGUCUCUGCAAUUUCUCUCUGCUGCCACGCAGGGAAAAGACUGUCGCUUGCAACGCCUAAGACCAGGACAUGAUGGUUCUUCAGUGGUGCGAGGCCUGCAACGAGAUCAGACGAUAGUGGGUAGCCCGCUUGUCCAGAUUUGGUUCCCGCAUCGCCAGAUACAGUCUCUGGCACUGUCGCUGUUACCGAGGGUUGCUCCUCAUAGGGUUUCUCCGGUAGUGUAAGGCUGCAGGCGGCGUUGUCGUAUUGGAUAUUCUUCCCACCUUGGGCAAUCUUGCUUUCAUAUUCAGCUCUUCGCUUCCGGGUCUCUGCCUGAUGGGCGUAUCCAAGGUCGAAUAGAUCCAUGGCCUUGGAGACAUAGAGGAGGCUGUUCGGGUCGUAUUCAAGACAGAACUUCUCUCCUGCAUGGUCGAGGUAAGUCUCGAUCAAGAAAUCUGGACACAGGGCCGGUGGUUUCCCAGGAUCAGCACGCUUCCGUCCGAAUCGCUUCUCCCACUCCGGUCCACUCCUGUACGUCACCGUGGCGACUUCGCGGGCAAGCUUCAUCCCCGAAUGCGGUGGGAUGGAGCCGUAGUAGAAUCCUCGUGCCCAUUUAGGAUCCAUCAUCAAGAUCUGCCGCUGCGUAUGCCUCAUUGCAAUACUGUAUGGAUGACUCCGCGCGCAACCACUAAUACUCACGAUCUUGCCCACACGUUCCGGAAACAAAACACCCGCAGCAAGACUCUGCAUCCCGCCCAUACUCGAUCCAAUAGACGCAUAUAACCGCUGAAUACCCAGGAAGUCCAGCAAUCGAAACUGCGCCCUCACCAUAUCCUCCAGCGUCAAAAUAGGGAAGCGAGUCGCAUAUCUCUUCCCAUCGGAGGGAUCAAUCGAUGACGGCCCCGUACUCCCAUAACAACCACCAAUGACAUUGGUGCAGAUCACGAAAUACUUAUCCGUGUCGACAGGGCGACCGGGUCCGAUGAAUUUCUCCCACCACCCCGGUUUAGGGUUCUUUUCGGUACUGCGUGCAUGGCUCGACGCGGACAGUCCCGUGUGGAGGAGAAUCGCAUUGCUCUUGUCCACAUUCAACUGGCCCCAAGUCUCAUAUGCAAUGUCAAAUUCAGGCAAUACCCCGCCCCAAUCUAAUAAUAAUGGUUCGCUACAGGAGUAUUUCUCGUGGUAACCGGUGGUAUAUGAAGGCUCGGGACCGGACUGGAGGGAUCCAGCGGAGAGGAGAGCGGAUUUGGCAUCUUGUGCAUCGAGACAAGGGAAAGAGAGAGCGGGAUUCGAGGAAUCUUUAGGACAUGAUGACUCGGGAUGGCUCGCUCCUGCUGCUGUUGCUGUUACCGACGCCACGUGUGAGGAAUUUCGAUCUGUGUUGGUGUGCAAUGAUCUGUUCUGAUGAGCUGACGCUGUGAUUUGAAAUUGGCUUCUCCCCGAGAUGGUGCUUGCUGGGAUGUGUCUCUUGGCCUUUGCGGCAGCUCUGAGGCUGCGAGAAGCCGAGCGAGUAACGCUCUGGACGACGCUCAUCUUAAAGCUCUAGAUUGGGAUUUAUAAGGAGCAGGAAGUGCAAUAAUCAAUGUGUUGGAUAGAGGAUAUCAUCUCAAUGAGGCCUGGAAAUUUGACUCCAGAAUACUGCAUUGCCA